CUUUCAAGUCGUUGUUGUUUCCACUAAAAAUGGAUGGUAACAGCAAUGCUCCACCAAACAGAACAAUGUGAUAGUGUUUGCUAAAAACAGAAAUCCAAAGCUUGUGUCCAAGUAGGUUUUGGCCUUUGGACGUGUGACGCAAGUGUGUACGGCUGUCCCUUUCUCUUCCCAUCCUCUCCAGCAAGUUGGGAAUUAAUGUUCCUCGUAUUCAGGAGGGUACUUGUUAACUUGGCUGCUAAAAUCGGCUUCUUAGUACACGUGCUUCUUUGGGAAAGGGGUGACUUUACCCUCUAAAAGUUGAGAUUCAGCGACUUUGGAGAGCGAAAUGUGCAAAAUGUAUUAGCCUCAGGCAGCGGUGUGCAAAGGGCAGCUCUGAGCACACAGGAUCUUCCUUCUGCUCUUGACUCCUCCAAAAGCCCCAAACGAACUUUCUUGUGCUCCUGUGGACAGGACUUGCCUGCGUCCUUCCAUUCACUUGCUGUCCUGCCUUUGAGGGUUGCUUUCUUUCCAGUUGGCUUCUUUGGGGAUUGCGAAGCCAGGCAGAGAAGCUGCUUCGGUGAAGCAAAACAGAUCAGGUCGAAUAAGGAAGACCAGUGCAUAUGCCUCCAAUGGCAGGAGAACAGGAAUGCAACUCCGUCGCUAUGGGCGAGUAUCGUAUCCGUAGCUAUGAGGAUGGAGACUACGAAGCUGCACGCACCAUAGUCUCCGAAGGCAUCACUGAGCAUGUUCCGGCCGGCUUCUGGCACGUUCUGCGCAGCCCCCAGAUGCACGGGCUCCUUCUGGUCCUCUUCCUGGCAAUGUAUGGGAUCUCCAGUUCUUUCCUCCUCUCAUUUGCAGUCGUGUCUGCUCUUUUGGCUGUCGGAUGGGUCCGCGUGAAGGCCGUAUGGAGGGACUAUGUUGAGGAGGCCUUGGAGAGCGACAUGCUGGACAUCCAGAGGACCUACCUGGACACCACAGACUGCCACUUCUGGGUGGUGGUGCGUGGCAGGGAGGUGGUGGGGACUGUGGCGGCUGUACACCCAAGGGACCCCACAUUCCAAGGCCGGGCAUUGGAGCUGAAGCGCAUGUCAGUGAAGAAGGGGCACCGGGGCCGGGGGCUCUCCAAGGCUCUCACGAAGGCCGUCCUGAGCUUUGCCCAAGAGCGCGGCUACAAGGAGGUGGUGUUGGGCACCUCCACGGUGCAGUACGCGGCACAGCAGUUAUACGAGAGCAUGGGCUUCCAAAGGGUCAAUGCGUUCUGCCCCUUCCCGUCGGCAAAGCUGCUGCAGUUCUAUAUCUUCAUCUACCGAUACGAGAUCCCAGAAUCUCACUGACCCAAAAGCCAGCCUUCAAAUGGGAGUCUCAAGAGUCACUGUGGACAACAUGAAGGAUCUCAUGUGCCCAGAGAUGUCAUGCCAUUCCCACUCCUACUUUGAAAGGUUUCCCACACUUACUCUGACACCAUUCCACCUUCAUAAACUUAUUGUGAGAUAAGACAAUUAACCCUACUCUGUCUUAAGAGUUUGCUAGUCCAGUUGAAUGGACUUCACAAUCCUUGAAUCGGAUUUAGUUUCACAGAAUCAUAGAAUCAAAGAGUUGGAAGAGACCUCAUGGGCCAUCCUGUCCAACCCCAUUCUGCCAAGAAGCAGGAAUAUUGCAUUCAAAUCACCCCUGACAGAUGGCCAUCCAGCCUCUGUUUAAAAGCUUCCAAAGAAGGAGCCUCCACCACACUCCGGGGCAGAGAGUUCCACUGCUGAACGGCUCUCACAGUCAGGAAGUUCUUCCUCAUGUUCAGAUGGAAUCUCCUUUCUUGUAGUUUGAAGCCAUUGUUUCGCGUCCUAGUC